GGACCGCUAACAUUGCUUCAGCUCAUAAAUUUGACUCCCAAUUUUUUAUCAUCAUCAACAGGCGAAGGAAGUACAAGUGCAAGCUCAUCAAUCAUGGAGAAGCCGCUGUUAUCAGGAAAAUCGGAAACCCUAAGUAGCGAGCAGGGAGAUAGUGAAAGAUGGAGUUCAUCGUACGCGUUUGCUGGAAAGGAAGUCAGCGUGGAUGAGAUUCGAUCUGCCGCGGCUGCUGCAGCCUCCAUUUCCUACCCUCCUAUCCCCCUUACUCCGCCCUUGAUCGGCUUUCCCCAAUCCCAUCACUAUGGUAAUUCUUCUUCCUCUAUGUCUUUUUAUUAGAUGUGGCAAAUAUUUAUUUUUGACCCGAAAUCCGGCCCGAGGUUGCAAAGGUUUUGUUAACGAACCCGGACCGGCCCCCCUAAGAGAAGGUUAAACUUGUUCGAAUCUGAACCCGAUCUGCCUGAUCUGUUAAAGUAAUUUUUUUUCGAAUUCAUGUACAACAACAACAACCUAGUAGAAUCACAUGAGCAGGAUUUGGGGAGUGCGUGCACGUAGACCUUACCCCUACUCAAGCAUUCAAAAUCAUGUACAUUAAUAUGAUAAGUAAUGUGAUAAAAUUUAUUAUUUUUCUUAUAACUCUUUUUUAGCAUUACAACUUAUCUUUUCAAAUGAGUUUUUAAUGAUGGUUUGUUAUUUAUUUAUUUAUAAAUUGUACUCCCUCCGUUUCUUAAAACCCUUUCUCUUUCAUUUUUUUGUUUUUCUUAAAACACUUCCCCUUUCUAUUAAAAAACACUUUUACCCCUACUUUUUCAUACCCUAUCACAUCAUACUUUUUCACUAACAACUAAACUAUCACAUCUUACUUUUACCCAUCACAUCAAGGGCAAAAUUGGAAAGUCAACUACAAUUUAACACUUCCUUAUUUUCCCCCAAAGUCAAAAGAGGAACUCUUUUG